CUCACUUCAGGGUCGGGGCAGCAUGGCUGGUGGUAACAGGAACGAAGAAUCAGAGGUGUGCUUUCGUUAAUAGUCCUUGGGGAUUGAAGGUCUGGGAGGUUUUGUAUCCAUCAUUCAUUAGAGAGCAGGGCAAUAUCUACAAACCAAAGAAUAAAGUCAUGGAUAACGACAGUUUGAAAGAGAACGAUGUCUAUGACGUUCACACUAAAGAAAUCGACCUGGUCAACCGGGACCGCAAGCACCUGAACGAUGAUGUUGUAAAGGUUGAUUUUGAGGAUGUUAUUGCAGAGCCUGACGGCACCCACAGCUUUGAUGGUAUAUGGAAGGCCAGCUUUACCACCUUCACGGUCACCAAAUACUGGUGUUACCGCAUCCUCACCGCUCUGGUGGGCAUCCCCCUGGCCCUCAUCUGGGGUAUAUACUUCGCCAUCCUGUCCUUCAUUCAUAUAUGGGCCGUGGUUCCCUGUGUGAAGAGCUACUUGAUCGAGAUCCAGUGCGUCAGCAGAGUCUACUCCAUCUGCAUUCACACUUUCUGUGACCCGCUCUUCGAAGCCAUUGGCAAAGUCUUCAGCAGCGUGAGGAUCUCUUUGAGCAAACAGGUGUGAGGGACACGAGACUGAGAGCAGGGGCUCCAAGGCAUUCUGCUGGCUACAAGCUCACAGUUGCUUUCCAGAAACCGUUUUAUGAACGCUGGCACACUGGGUGGGGGGAGUAUUUGCUUACUCAGAUUUGAUCCCAUUAUUUAUCAUAAAAGACAGAGUUCUCCUUUUUUGGCAGUGUGUGUUUAGAGACUGCACCAAAAUUCUAACUGUCAUUCCAUCCUAAUACAUUAUGUAAAAUUGUGUUGAUUAUUUAGUUGCUGUUAACCGCGCAGAGGUAAUGACAGCUCACUAAACAUACAGUGCAAGGCUACAGAGUGGGGCUAUUGCUGCUGGUAGUCGAGGACUGUGCUUGCAGCUGAACGAUCUUUGCAAAUUGGCAGUUUUGAAGAUAACUUUUUUGUUGUUGUUGCCAUGAUGCUACCUGGUCUGCUGCAAGCUUUUAUUUUGAUUAAUUGUUGUGUUUAUAAAAGAGUAAGAAUGGAAGUUAACUGACCUAGCGUUCAUUUUGUUAUCUCUUGGAUGCCUAGAAAUAGGUGUUGCAGAAACUGGGAUUCCUCUUUUAUAGCCUGCGUGUAGUAAUAAGUGUACAUGAUUGUUCAUUUCUUUAAAUUACACUUGAAACAUACAGUGUAAGGUAGAAAUUAGAGAACAUAAAAUACAGCUACUCAGAAAUGCACUGUAAAAACAGGAUCAUUCUCUUAGUUUGUUUUUCGAGCUUCAUUGACAUAAUACAACUGCCCCCCCUUAAUACAUGACAAAUUAACAUGACAUUUAUAUUUGUGUGUCAGAUGUACUUUGCACUGUAUUCUUGGAAAAACACAUUCAUGAAAAAAAAGACAUUCAGUUCGAUGACUUGAGCCUUAAGUUUUCUUUCAAGUGAGUUCAAAUGCCCUGAAAGUUAUUGUAACACUAAAGGUAAUAACAGCUUUUAAUAUUAUUGUAGCAAGUAGAAGUUCACAUUAUUAUGGUAUUCUUCCAUUUAAGGUAGACACUGGCACAGAAGUUUUGUAAAUAACAGCAGAAAAAAGUAUAAUUGCUACAGUAUCUAAAACAGCAUGUUAUAUUAUGAUCAUCAGUUAGCUUUAAAAUUAAAUAGAUACGUGUAAACCUGUGUAUAUUGCUUGUAUUUACUAUCGCAACACAAGGUAUAUUGCAAAUAUUGCUUGAAUCAAUGCAUUAUUCACAUAGAAAGUGGUUAUUUGUUUAUCUAAUGGACUUUUCUCCGCUUUUACUGUAAAAACGGAUAUGCUGAGCACAAUAAAAAGUUAUAAUAUGA